AACGAAGCCUCCCUUGUCAGUCACUUCCGUCUCUGUGUCAGCUCUCUCUCUGUAUCACUGCAUCCAGCUUUGGACCUGUCUUGUUCACUAAAGCGUUUGGAUUCUCUUCGACAAAGGUUUGGUUGCUGUGUAGGUGUCGCCAGUCGAGCCGGAGCGGGAGUGGUGUUGGAGGAUGUUCUAGGAGUGCCCGAGGGAGCCUGGCUGCUGAACCUGCUGCUCUGCACCAUGAACCAUGACGACGAAUUCUUCGACGCCGUCACAGGCUUGGACUCAGACGAGUCAUGUGAGGGCACGUCGGAGGCCAGCUUUAAGGACGCGGUGGCGGAGGGCAACACGCAGAAGAACAACGGCUCCGUCCCCCAGGAGAACGGAAUCAAGGCGCGCAGAACAUCUCUGCCUGCCCCCAUGUUUUCAAGAAAUAACUUCAGUGUGUGGAGCAUUCUGAAGAAAUGUAUUGGACUUGAGCUGUCCAAGAUCACCAUGCCCAUCGUGUUCAACGAGCCGCUGAGCUUCCUGCAGCGCAUCACUGAGUACAUGGAGCACACUUACCUCAUCCAGAAAGCCUGUGCACACACCGACCCCAUAGAGCGCAUGCAGGCCGUGGCUGCCUUUGCUGUGUCUGCGGUGGCGUCUCAGUGGGACCGGACGGGGAAGCCCUUCAACCCACUGCUGGGGGAGACCUACGAACUCACACGGGAGGACCAGGGUUUCCGGUUGAUCUCGGAGCAGGUGAGCCACCACCCCCCGGUCAGUGCCUUCCACGCGGAGAGUCUGGAUGGAGACUUCACCUUCCACGGCUCCAUCUACCCCAAGCUCAAGUUCUGGGGCAAGAGUGUGGAGGCCGAGCCCAAGGGCACCAUCACUCUAGAACUCCUCAAGCACAAAGAGGCGUACACAUGGUCCAACCCUUUCUGCUGUGUACACAAUGUGAUCCUGGGCAAACUGUGGAUCGAACAGUAUGGCACUGUGGAGAUAGUCAACCACAGCACGGGAGACAAGUGUGUGCUGAACUUCAAACCGUGUGGGAUGUUUGGGAAAGACCUGCACAGGGUAGAGGGCUACAUCCAAGACAAGAGUAAAAAGAAGCGCUGUGUGAUCUAUGGCAAAUGGACAGAGUGCAUGUGGAGCGUUGACCCCCAGACCUUCGACAGCCACAAGAAGUCGGACCGGAAGGGAGGGGCAGACACUAAGAAACAGAAGGAGGAUACGUCGGCAGGAGAGAAUGACGAGGCGGAUGACAUGCCAGAGGUGCAGGAAUCGGUUGCCGUGAUACCAGGCAGCACCCUCCUCUGGAGGAUAUCCUCCAGACCAGCACACAGCGCAGAGAUGUACAACUUCACAAAUUUUGCCAUCACGCUAAAUGAACUGGAUCCUGGCAUGGAGGGAGUGCUGUCCCCCACAGACUGCCGCCUGAGGCCCGAUAUCAGAGCCAUGGAGAAUGGCAAUAUGGAUGAGGCCAGUAAGGAGAAGGAAAGACUGGAGGAGAAGCAGAGAGCGGCCCGCAAGGAGAGGGCCAGGGACCAGGAGGAAUGGUCCACCAGGUGGUUCCAGUCGGGCACCAACCCCCACACAGGCUCUCAAGACUGGCUCUACACGGGCGGCUACUUCGAUAGGAAAUACACAGACUUGCCUGACAUCUACUGAUGAGGACACGGCCAUGAGCUCUUAUUCCUCCUGCGACAUACACACACGCACACACACCCCAACACAUGCACCACCAGCCCUCUACCAAACAGCAUAUCCUCUCCAACUGGACCUGUCCCAUAGCUGUCCCAUUCCUACGCCACUGCAGUGGUCACCUGAGCAGCCGUCUCAGCUUCACUGGUGGCUAAACAGACUUCAUAUUGUUUUUGUUUUUUUUUUCAAGCUGGCUGAAGCAAAAAAAGAAAAAGAGAGAAAAUCAGGGACUUGAAUGAUUUAAUUGACUGAAGAUCAUGUGACUUCAUUCCUUCAUUUGUUUGUUUUGCAGUGAGAGGGCUUAAGUGGAAGAGUUGUAACUGGUAAUGGGAAGCACAUAGAUUGUGUGGUUUUAAUUUUCCUUUCUUAAUUUUUUCUUUCAUUUGUUUGUUUUACAUCCUUGAAAACCCUGAGUGAUGACUUCAGUGUUUCUUGGACAGAAAGAGUGAGCACUUUCCUAGAAGUGGAGUGGAGUGUGGAUGUGUGUGCAUGUGCGAUGGAUGCGUGUGCAAAUGUGUGUGUGUGUGUGUGUGUGUGAUUGCAUGUGUCAUCAAACCCUCAUGAACCUACCUUAGACGACAUGUGAUUCCCUAACACAUACUCUCGUCACUGAACUGCUCUUCGUUAAGUCUUGUACAGAGAUUCUUUGUGUUUUUGAUCUCAGACAGUAGUGGUGUCCCAUAGAAGCUCUAUGCUUAACUGUAAACGCUCACUGUGGUUGAAUGGUUGGCUGAUGGUGUGAGUAAGUCUGAACUGCAUAAUGUUAGUUAAGCUGCAGCUGAGCUUGCCAAUCAUGUCAAACCACGGCCACAUGUACAUUAAUGUCAACCACACCACAGAUAAAUAGAAAUAAAUAAUAAUGGUAAGUAUUCACUAAGAUGUUGGUUGGCUGAAAACAAUUAAAGAAAUGUUUGUGUGAGUGAGUGCGAGGCAGGCAGACAGAGAGAGAGAGAGAGAGGGUAUGUGUUCAAUAAAAAGCCAUAUAGUCAGUUGUCAUGUACAGGCACCGUUUGUCUUCAGCUGCAUCAAAAUAAUCCCACUGCACUUCAAAUAUUCUAGAACGUAAUCUAAUGACUCCACACCCUUUCUCAGAAUCCUUUAUUUCAUAUAAACAAACCAGUCAUAGAAGACAUGAAACGGUAUACCGGUAGUCUCACACACGUCAUCGGUUAUCAGUAGUGACUUUACGUACGUUUGAUGUAAAUAACUUUCACCAUGAAACAAAAGCAUCGUCAGGGACACCGAAUUCAACUAAGUGCAUUUCCAUAACGGCUUAUUCCCUCCUUAUAAAUAUAAAAAGCUCCCCAUUGAUUCUCUAUGAGCCAUUAGCAGUACAGUUGUAUUUAUCGUAGCUAGACAAAUAUUCUAAUUUAUUAUUAAUGAAUUAGUGCCACAUCAAAGAUAACGGUACCUUCACUUCAGUCCAUUAAGCUGAUUCUGUUCAGCAGGUGAUAUGAUGGUCUUAUCAUUAUUCCAUUGUAGUAAUGUAAUGCUCUGUGGGUUUGUCACUCCCAUCCCCCCAUGCAACAGACUAAUAUAUACUCUAUGUAUCUCAUUAUUCAAACAAACACUAUGAGAAAACAUUUUCUCUCUACCACAGUUUAAAAGUGACAGGGCUUUUAUUUUCUCAAUCUAUGCAACCAGUUCAUAGUUCCAGUUGACAGCACAGCACAUUUGUAAAGAAGAUAUGUAAAUACAGCCUGAAAUGAUGGUAAUCCCCUUCGGGCAGUUUCAUUUCUGUAAAUAACAACUGUGUCUAUUGGCAGCUUGGAACUGUACACUCUGCAUUGACUCGUAAUCCACAAGAAAUUGCCUCUUUCUGUUCCCCCUUCUGAGAUGUAUUCCACUCUGUAAAAUGCCUCCCCUUUUUUGCAUUCCAGUCUUAUUUUUUAUACAGUCCCACAUCAUGUGCACAUGCUCCUUAGACACUCUGUCAGGUCCAGAGCUGCGCAGCCUCCUGUGCGGUUUCAUCUCAUACAUGUAGAUCCGUUGAAAUCUAGCUAUGAAGUGUGCAAGACAAUUUCACAAAAUAGCGUUAACAAUGAGACUUUUUAAGCACAGUGAUGCUAGAUGUCCGUUUUCUUCUGUACAUGUGUUUUAAGUUUGUUUGUUGUUGUUUUUUUUUGUUUGCCCCCCCCCCCCCUUUCCUCAUUCAGUGCCUGUAUACAACUACAAAAAAUUACCUAACAUUCUCAGUAACACAUGCAUAAAUGUUUUACCUCUCGUGCAAUCCUAUUUAAGGUAUUUUAGAGUAUCUGAGAGGAAACUGUCUUUAUGGAUUUCUUUUUUUUUUCUUUGACCCCUUCUGUUGAUGUUUUGAGUGAGGUGGAAGUGCAUUGAUCUAUCUGGCCAGGAAUGUCAGCACGUUUUACAGAUACACUACUGUGUGCAUCCAUACACUUGUUUUCACAAAUUUAGCAAUACAGACUAAAUCAAAACAAUUAAACAAUAGAUUUUAUGUUA